AUGUCGCUCCGGCUUUACAAAUUCCCGGAUCUUCUUAUUCGAAAAGUGCUGUGUCAAAUGAACGCAACAACGCUGUGAGCCCUAAAAACGCACAACACUUUUAACACAGAGUAUUGCAGAUUUGAACUCUCUCUGUGUUCUACUGAAUCCAAAAUAAUCGUGAAAAAACUGAAACUGAAGCCAUCGAAACUUGAGAUUGAUUUCGGAGAGGGGCACAUUGACCUUAAUUUCGGAAAGCAAUUGGAGUCAAUCUAUUGGGAAGUGAAACGGAGAACGACGCCGCCAUCUGGGAGGUAUUUGACGGAUCGAGUGAUUUGCGGAAAGAUAAUUGGGAUUGAGACAAGGUCAGUGAAUCGGAUAGUGAUGGGAAAAGAAAAAGGCGACAGAGUAUGUAUAUAAAGCAAUUCAAAUCUUUCAAUAAAAAAAACUAAAUUUCUACAAGGUUUUCUUGGAAGAACAGCCAGACAGAGACUUCAUAACAUACAUAAUUCCAGAGCAAACCUUCUAGAAAAGCCGAAUUCGUACCUAUCUUACACAAUCAGCGUCGAAUGGCUCCUUUACUUUCUCACCGAAUACAUGUUGGACAUUUUUGACGCAAAAGUCACUCGCAUCGUUUCACAUUGGGCUGAUCUUCACUGGCCUAUUCUGUUCCUUUGGAAAAGCUUUCAAAACUGUCCGAGCGUGACUUUACAUGCACAUAAUAUAGGACAGAUGAAUAUGCAAUUGCUAAUGGAUAAUGUUAAUGCGACCGAACGAUUCGAGAUCAAACUAAAAAACAAGGUUGAAUUCACAAGGAAAAAGGUAUAGAUUGUUUAGCCUUUUCUCAGUGAUCAGGUUCCAAAGACAGAAUCCAGGUUCCGUAAUAAUAAUCAAUACUCAAGGUCGACGCAUUUUCUGAAAAUUGGCAUGAACCCGUGAUCGUCAAAGGUCCAUGCCAAUUUUCAAAAAAAACCUCGUCUACCUGUAUAUUCUUUGGAACCUGUUUAUUAUUAUGGAACCUGUAAGUCGACCUUGAGUCCUGAUUAUUAUUAUGGAACCUGGAUCCUGCUUUUGGAACCUAAUUACUCAGAUAGAUCCGAUCCUUCUUACAUUCACAAUAACUAGAACGUAACCGAACCGAUAAGGCUUCAAUUUUUCAAAGUUAUUAGUCACAACCGCAUGAGAUUAAGAUUGAAUAAGCUAUUUUCCUCUUUCAGCUGUUCAAUUGUGAAUACUUUUCGUGUCUUGGCUCGGCAGAAUUGAUGUCCAGAAAAAAACUCGUGUCCUUUGACUCCCGUGUCGUCCGACUGGGAAUGACGUCCUACACCACCCGUGAUCUCAACUAUUUCAUCAAAAAAUGGUUGAGAUCACGCAAUUUGAAGUUGGAAAUGCUCGUUUUGCAACUGAACCGAGGCUAUCAUUUCGAGGAAGACGACAUUUUCAAUCAGAUUUACGUCGAAUGGUGGGACGAAACAAAAAGAGCGCCGUAUUAUUGGUAGGCUUUCAAUUUUGUAAACGACCACUAGCUUUUUUCAGUGAUGCAACCGGAGACUUUAUCGAAUUCAUAGAUGCCUCAAAUGGAUAUGAAAUCGAGCGAUUUGAUGGAAUGUUGGCCACGGUUUUGUUGGAUCAAGACAAAUUCCAUUUUCUCGUUUGGCACAACAGAUUCCCGCCACAACCUGAAGAUGAUUUCUAA